AUGGAUUUCGCAAAGGUAUACAGAGCAGAAAUCACUUUGGCCUACUACUGUUUUAAUUUGUCUCUAACAAUCGCUGUCUUUAUUUUUGGAACGAUCUAUUUGAGACACAGAGAUAGAAGGGAUCAGCAAAGAAAAGAGUGGCGGAAAUUCGCGGAAACUAUCAGAGGACAGUACAGUACACUGAAAGAUAAACAAGUUCUUUCUGGGGUGUCAAAAACGAACGAAAAAUUCGGAAACGUUGUGAUUUGCCCAGGCAUCACCGGCCUUGACGUUUUAAGGUACAUGUUGAAUAAUUCUGACUUCAAGUCUCGUUCCACUUGGCCAAGGAGCCCGUUGUGCGAACUCAGAGAAGACCUUAACAGCAUCUUUCAGUUGUUAAAUACUUGUGCCUCUUUAAUACUAUUGGGACCUGUCCCUAGCAAUAUAAGAGCAGAGCUUGGGAAACUGGUCACUGAUCUGGGAGAGAUGACAUUGCCAUUUUUCUUGGGAGACCAGCGUCAGACAGUCUUGACGUGCUUGAAAUAUUUUAGCAGCGACAGAAAACCAGCGAUGGAAACUGAAAACAGACUGAGAGAUGUUGACAGAAAAAUUUUCAAAGAGGUGCCGUACAUUAAAUGCUUACGCUUUGAAAAAGGUCGACGAUCAUCGGAGAUAAGCAAAUUUACUUUUGUAGUCGAUCUGGUGCUCGUUCCAGCUCACCCAUUAAAAUUUCUGAAUCAACUACAGUGGUUACUAGAGGAUGAAAAUUACUUUUCAGAAUUGGCGAGAGAACUUCGAGAACAUUUCAAUAUCCCCAAAUACAUUGGCAAAAUCGACUUGGACAGUGAUGAACUGGUAAUUGCCAAAGUAUUACAUGAGGUACGUGUGUAUGUACACCUUUUGGGGUUGAGCAAAGGAGCGAUUGACGAAGGAGUUAGCCGGAACAUAGAGAUACUCAGGGAAGUAUACGAACGCGUAACGAAGGUGAAGCCGGAAGCGGAAAUUGUUAGACAUACUUGUGAACGAUUCAUACAAGAUCUUUCAAAUCUGAAGAAGAGCAAGCAUUCCUAUCACAGCUGCGCUAGUUUUAGGGAGGGGCUCACAGAGCUGUAUGAAACAUUCUGCAAUUUGAUUAUCAUCAAGAAAAAUGUCGCGGAUUCCAGUCCGUCUCCAACUUCAGCAGAAGUGGAAACGAGAGAUGCAGACACCAUCUACAAUUGUCAGUAUGAAAGCUACGUAUAA